AACUUUCUACUACACAUUCUACACAACUUAUUGCUGUUGGUUUGGUUUGUUUUGUUUAACUUUGUUUGUGGCAAAAUAAUAUCGUUUUAUUUUAAUAAAUAUUAUGCCGACUUGAACUGCAAUCGGAAAAUCAAAAUGAAUCUUAAAAUAAUUGAACCCUAACUUAUUGGUAGUGUAGCAGCGACUUUAAUUUGUCACCCAACCCAAACAUUCUACAUAUCUUCUCCGUUUCGAAUUUGAACUUCAUCAAGUGAUCUGAACCAGGCUUCCUGCAGAAUGCCGGUUAGAUGUAUGUAUUUGCAGUGCAAAACUGAGGUGUAUAAAUCUAACAAAUCACUGUUUCGGUUCCCCAUCAAAAAUCCGAAGCGUUUAGAAGAAUGGAUUCAAAAUUGUGGUAAUCCCCGCAUAGCAAAAUAUUCAAAAGGUGCCCUCAAAUCCCAAUAUAUUUGCAUUGAUCAUUUUGAAAAGAAGUUCAUUAGAAAUGAAGGAGGGCAACGUAAGAGACUGACGAAAGACGCUGUGCCUAUACCUUAUGAAUGGGAUGCGUCGAAGCUGUUUACUGAUCUCCCCGCUGAAUCUACAACAGAAGAAUAUCAGACCAGUAGCAGCGGAGGUCGCUAUAGAAAAGUUCCGGUCAUCACUGAAGACUCGUGCUUGUUUGAAGACUGCAGAUUGGCUGAUGAGACUUCUGAACCGGGGUUGUCAGCAGAGCCAGGGUCGGAGUCGGACCAUCAGCAGUUGCGGGUGCAGGUGCCCUCGAGGGUCUACAGGAAACGAAUGAAAACAGACAGGACUACAGAUGUGAAUGAUGUGGAAGUGGUCCCGAGUCACCGGUGCGCGGAGUGCCACAAACCGACGAUCAAAGGGUUCCAGUGGUGGUGCGUGACGUGCGGCGCGCGGUGCGGCGCGUGCGCACUGCGCAUGGCGCACCGCGCGCACAUGCUGCUGCGCGCGCCGCUCCACGCCACAUAUGAACAAACGCGAGUCGUGAUAGCGGCCAUCCUGCAGCAGCUGCGCGCCGAGGAGCUGGUCGCGCCGCGAGAUGUCGUCAGACACGUCGACCACAACGGAGUGGAGCUGUGCGGUGGCGAGGAGCCGCUGGUGAAGACGGAGCCGGCCGACGCGGCCGCCGACCCGCUGCACGACUCCGACGAACACGACUCCGACCGGGACGACCCGGACUAUCGGGCCUGUCUGGACGCUCUACACACAGACACCUUGCCCAACCUUCCAGACUUAGACCAACGCGCGUCGGACCAAGAACACCUAGAUCGACAAUUGACAGAUCCAGAAGAUUUCGAUCAUCGCCUGUCGGAUCAAGAGGAUCGAGAUCAAUGCCAGUCUGACCAAAAAGACCUUGACCGACGCUUAUCUGAUCAAGAAAACCUCGACCAGUGCUUGUCUGACCAGAAAAAAUGUCAGCAUCAUUUAUCUGGGCGAACAGACCUCGACCAACGCUUGCUUGAUCUAUCAAAAUUAAGGAAAUCUUCGUCUGAUUUAGACCCUCUAAGCCAAACGCAAACGAUCGACUUCAGGCCAAGCAAAGAUACAGAUAACCCAGAAAAACAUUCAACAAAUCAAGAUAGUACUGAUCUACAUAGACAAUAUAGACGUAAACGUAAACUCGGGCACAACCGACCGAUCUCGAUAGACCAUCGACCAACCGAAGUCUAUCUGUCAAACAAGCCACCUGACGGCGAAUUAAUCGAUUACCAACCGUCCAACGACUGCACAUCGAUCAACCUACCAGUUUGUUACACUGAGAAAUGUUUAAGCCUCGAGGACUUCCCGCCCUCGGGUCUCGAUAACUCCGACCAAAGUGAACUAGACGUGCGAUACUCGGCCAGCAUUCGGUCAAGUAUAAGGUACUCGCCAGAUCGGUCCCGGGAACAACACGAGGAGUGGUUCUCGAUGUCGCAGUCGCACGGCCUGUACUUCCCUGAACACGUUAAGAAGGGUGCUGGUUCAAGGGUAGCCGAUAAGUCAAGCAACGAUCAGUGCCCCCUUCCACGAGUCAUCAAGCGAACCCGUGUUCGGACACGCACCGAUGACAGAAACCACGCCGUAAACGCUUCCACACGCACACAACAUACAUCCGAAAAACUUAAGUCUACGGCCAGUGCGGAACAAAACAAUGAUCCUAACAGAACACAGAAACUACAAAUUCAAGCUAACACCGAAAAGUGCACGGCUCAGCAGAAGAAAAUUAAAGUGAUCAGCAGAAAAUUCUUAGAAAAAAAGAAUAUCAAACUUUACGUAAAACGAAAACCCACAGAGGCAAAUGAUAACCCAAACUGAAUGAAGCGAAACCGAAUACAUCAGCACCACAAACAAGUAAGAGAGAGAUUUCUUACUGAAUUUUUUAAUUUAGCAGAAAAUACCCGCCAUGACGUGAGUAAUAUAAAGGCAUAUAAUUUUUACAGAGACGCGUGUUACAUGAUUGUAGUAGUGGAUGGUGCAACGUAGACGAAAACGAGGUCUUAAAAUUUCGUGACAGUCCUUAUUAAACACUUAUCUCUGGCGAAAAAAAAAACAUACUUUGGUAUAUUUACGAGUAUGUCAUGUGAUUUAUUUUUUAAGAAAUGAAUACGUUAUAUUAAACAUGUAUU